GACCGUCCGAUCAAUCUUAUCUUAUCUUAUCUUAUUAAAGUGCUACACUUUCUCACCACGAGAUUGAGCCACGUCAUCUAUAAAAGACAGACCGUCCGAUCAAUCUAUAAAAGACAGACCGUCCGAUCAAUCCUUUGAGGAAAAUCAUCCGUCCGAUCUCUCACGUGCGACGUUUGCAUCAAGGUCCUUCAAGAAACACCGAUUACCUGUUCCCUCCUCUUCUCCCUUGUAUCUCUGUCGCACGACCCCCUCCCCGUUCGCAUUCCUCCUCCCCAGAUCGAUCCCAAUUCCCGCCCGCCCCGACAUCUGCGCCGCUGGACUACGGUGCCUCCACCCCGACUCGCGCCGCCCACCUCCUCCUCCGCCACCGCAGCGCAAUCCCUUCAUCUGCCACCCCUCCGUGGCCUCGCCGUCCUCUCCCGAAACCCUCGCUCGCCUCCGCUCCCGUUCCAUCGGAAGGGGGAAAUGCCAGUAGUGCCGCCUCCUCCUGCAGCCACCGCCACGGCCUCCUCCUCCCACCAGGUGCUCUCCACGUCGCCCCUGCGCUCGAUCCCCCCCCCCCCCCUGGCGUCUUCCCCAUGUCCCACCGGCAAGCCCAGGCCGCCCGCGCCGCUGCCUCCUACCAGUGCGCCUCCUCUCGCAGUCACCGCCACCGGCGAUGUUGGAGGCCGUGGCGUCCUCCGCCGGCGUGGGAGGUGGUUUCGGCCGGUGAUGGAGGGGGUUCGUCCGUGCAUGCUAUCGUCGCCGGCUGCUCCGCGUGCGAGGUGCUCCGCUGCGAUGGCACAGUGUUCAUUGUAGGCGGCCGUGAAUUGGAUUGUGGAGGUUGGUGGUUUGGCGUCAUACAUCGGAGGUUUGCUUUCGGUGAAGGUGCAUUUACAAAAAUAGCGAGGUGGGCAAAUAUGUACAACAUGACUGUGAUUAUCUGGAACUGUUGGCUAGACUGCAGUUACCUGGAACUUUUGAGCUUUGUCCAGUACCACUUGCCAGUCUGAAAAUUCUCAACCUGUUGUCAAACCACAAACAAGAGUUUCUUGCAGGUAAGUUCGACGUGGGCAUGGAUAAAUUUUGCUAAGACUGAGCCCAACUAAUAAUCUACGGGUAGUCUGCGCGGGUGCCAAUGAAUUUGUCAAAGCUUUUGACAUGUUGGUCCGUAUAGCACGCUAGAACUGCAUCUGAAGGUUCGUGAGAGAAGUUCUAGCGUGACGUCUGAAGCACAAGGUUUGGUAACGAGCCCCCAUCUUUUAAUUCCAUGGAUGUUUAUAAGGUCAAUGCUCGUUUCAUCUGCCAUCAUUUUUGACACAAGAAUAUUUGAAGUCUGACACUAGUUUCAUAACUCCCGAAUCAGAAAAGGUCAGAAAGAUAAAUUAUGACUCGUGCCCGUUGGUCUCCCGUUCUGAUCAGUCAGCUGUACCAUGUUGUUAGGGCAUCUCCAUCUAGUGCUACAGUACCCUGCAAAGUACUUAAAGCACUAGAAAUUCAUAUACUGUAGCAGUACUGUUUAUAGAGGCUGACGGUGGGUUCGGA